GGAAGCGCCCAGUGAGUGUGGGGCCAAGGACACUUGCCGGCUGACCCUGUGCACUCAGGUGGAGGCGGCGGCUCCGGGUCCCGGAGGUCCAGUGGGCAGCUUCAAAGGUAGGGCCCAUCCCGGGCCUGCGGAAGAGCUCCACAUUUCCAGCAAGCUCCCAGGUGCUGCUGGUGUCGUUGGGCGUGGACUGCGCAUUGAAUGGCAAGAUGUGGGGAUCGGCGCCUGGAGAAGGGAGGCGGCCGUCCAGGCGUCCCACGGCUGGUCAGCGGGUGAGCCAGAGCUAGAACCCACAUCUACUGGCACGCCUCUCGUCCCCUGACUGCGGCCCAUCUUCAAAGGCCUGAGGGCAACACAUCCCGCAGCCAUGAACUACGUGGGCCAGCUGGCGGGGACCGUGUUUGGGACGGUGAAGGAGCUGUACCAGGGCCUGAACCCGGCCACGCUGAGUGGUUGCAUCGAUGUGCUGGUGGUGAAGCAGGUGGAUGGCUCCUUCCGGUGCUCGCCCUUCCACGUGCGUUUCGGCAAGAUGGGUGUCCUGCGGUCGCGGGAGAAGGUGGUGGACAUCGAGAUCAAUGGGGAGCCCGUGGACUUGCACAUGAAGCUGGGGGAUAGCGGGGAGGCCUUCUUUGUCCAGGAGCUGGAGAGUGACGAGGAGCACGUGCCUCCCCGCCUGUGCACAUCGCCCAUACCCUGGGGUGGCCUGCCCGGGUUCCCCUCGGACUCCCAGCUGGGGACAGCCAGCGAGCCCGAGCCCAUCGUCUCGCAUGUGGCCUCCAUGGGGAGGAAAAAGAAGCUUCGUAGGAGGAAACCGAGGCGGAAGGAGGACGCGGUGGCAGACGAUUCUAGUUCUGAGGAUGUGGAGGCAGGCGCUGAGAAUGAGCCCUCCCUGCUGGAGAGGCCGAGGCUGGAGCCCCCAGGCAGUACCCAGCUGGAAGGGGAGUCCUCGCCGCAGCCCAUGGACGUCCACCCCUACUCCGAUGGCGAGUGGCCCUCCCAGGCCAGCCUUUCGUCGGGUGGGCUAACGUCCCCUAAGAGUGACUCGGAGCUGGAGGUGAAGACCCCCGAGCCCACCCCGCUGAGGGCUGAGUCCCACAUGCAGUGGUCCUGGGGGAGGCUGCCCAAGGUGACCAAAGCUGAGUGGCCCGUGUCCUCGAUGGUCCCUGAUGGCAGCACCGGGGCAGCCUCACCACCUCAGGGAGAGCCCGGCACCCCUGACCUUCAGCCUGACACAGAGGUGCCCGCUCUGGUGGGUCCCCCGCCCCUUGCCCCUGAGCAAGAAAAAACCAAGACUCAGAGGUCCAGGGAUGGAGGCCUCUCUCCUGCCUCCAAAUCGUGGAGCUGGGCCGGUCUGGAGGGUCUAGCUCCCACCGGGCAGCCAGAGAGGGUCUCCAGGGGGAAAGGCUCCGUGAAGAGAAGCCAGCACCUGGGCCCCAGUGACAUCUACCUGGAUGACUUGUCCUCCCUGGAUUCUGAGAAUGCAGCCCUUUACUUCCCCCAGAGUGACUGUGGGCUGGGAGCCAGGAGGUGGAGCGAACCCGGAAGCCAGAAGAUGCUGGGGGACCCCAACCCCGAACAGGAGCAAGAGCCCACCCCAGACACAGUGGACACGAUAGUGCUGUCCCUCUGUGGGGGACUAGCCGACAGCCGGGACAUUUCCCUUGAGAAGUUCAACAAGCACAUAGUCUCCUACCAGGACCUGGCUCAAAAUCCUGGCCUCCUGGAUGACCCUAACCUGGUGGUGAAAGUCAAUGAGAAGCACUAUAACUGGGCUGUGGCUGCCCCCAUGGUCCUGUCCCUGCAAGCCUUCCAGAAGAACUUGCCCAAGAGCACCGUGGACAAGCUGGAGAAGGAGAAGAUGCCCAGGAAGGGUGGGCGGUGGUGGUUUUCUUGGCGACGCAGGGACUUCUCGGCCGAGGAGCAGAGUGCCCAGAGGGAGAAGACCACGGCCCGGGAGCCGCGGGGGGAGAAGACUGACGUCCUGAGCAGCGAGGAUGAUGCCCCCGACAGUCCCGUGAUCCUCGAGGCUCCCUCCCUGCCACCCUUGCCUCCGGCCUACGCUCCUGCCUACAAGAAGUCCCUCCGCCUCUCCUCCGAUCAGAUUAGGCAGCUGAAUCUGCAAGAAGGGGCCAACGACGUGGUCUUCAGCGUGACAACCCAGUACCAGGGCACCUGCCGCUGCAGGGCCACCAUCUAUCUGUGGAGGUGGGACGACAAGGUGGUCAUCUCGGACAUUGACGGCACCAUCACCAAGUCCGAUGCUCUGGGCCACAUCCUGCCCCAGCUGGGGAAAGACUGGACACACCAGGGCAUCACGAGCCUCUACCACAAAAUCCACCUAAACGGAUACAAGUUCCUGUACUGCUCAGCGCGGGCCAUUGGCAUGGCCGACCUCACCAAGGGGUACCUGCAGUGGGUGAGCGAGGGGGGCUGCGGCCUCCCCAAGGGCCCCAUCCUGCUGUCUCCCAGCAGCCUCUUCUCCGCCCUGCACAGGGAGGUGAUUGAGAAGAAGCCAGAGGUGUUCAAGAUCGCCUGCCUGAGCGACAUCCAGCGGUUGUUUCUGCCCCACGGACAGCCCUUCUAUGCCGCCUUUGGGAACAGGCCCAAUGAUGUCACUGCCUACCGGCAGGUGGGCCUCCCGGAAUCUCGAAUCUUCACAGUCAACCCCCGGGGAGAACUCAUCCGGGAACCCAUGAAGAACCACAAAUCCACGUACGAGCGGCUCAGCGAAGUGGUCGAGCUCCUCUUCCCGCCCGUGGUCCGUGGCCCCAGCACAGAUCUGGCCAACCCUGAAUACAGCAACUUUUGCUACUGGCGGGAACCACUGGCUGCUGUGGACCUUGAUGCCCUGGCCUGAACCUGCCCCGGCUGCCCCGUCCACCCUGGCCUGGCCCAGAACUGACUGGGUAUCCCAGGGCAUAGGGGGUGGGAAGCCGGGUGCCCCAGGGCCAGCCCGACAAGGAGGAGUGGGGCUGAGGGCUGGUUGGCAGCCUCUCCCCUCCCUGUCCUGUCUCUUGCCUCUGCCAGCAGAGCUGCAGGGGCUGGGGCAGCUGCUCCGGGCCCCAGCAUGGC